AUGACUUACGAUGGUACCUCUGACCCGAAGGAUCAUAUCGCCUCUUACGAGGGGCAUAUGUAUCUCAACCCCAAGUCUGAGGCUAGUUGGUGUAAGUACUUCCCUACGACCCUCAAGGGUGUUGCACAAUCGUGGAUCACCAAAGGGCUAAAGGAUGGCUCUAUAACCGGUUGGGAUGAUCUCUCCAACAAAUUCAAGAGCAAGUUUUCUACGGAAAACCGCCGAGAGAAAACAACUGCAGAGCUGAUGAGCCUGCAGCAAGGGGAGGAGGAAAGCCUCCGUGAAUUUCUUACUCGUUUCAGCAACGAGUCAUCCAGAAUCACAAGUCUCGAUCAAGGCCUGACUGUAUUUGCACUACGGAACGGUCUUCAAGCUGGCAAGUUCCUGGACUUCAUAGUCAUACAUACCCCGCAGACCUUGGAGGAAGCCUUGGAAGCUUCGGAUAAAUUCAUCCGGGCUAAAGAGUGGAACAAUCGAAGUCUCAGUCUCAAUUAG